GGAGCCGAGCGCAGAGUGCAGGCUCCGCGUAUGUACACACAGAGCAUGUGCCAGAGCAUUUUAUGAUCCAGUCUGCUUAAUUAUUUACUCCUGUCUUUCUCUGGCAACGCCGGUGUGGAUUACAGCGGCCUCCUCCUCCUCCUCCACACACUCAGAUCUGCUGGAGGCUGAGGCGCGUUGGCUGGAUGCUGUUGUUGUUAGCGACUUUCUGCUCAUGUGAACAUGUCAGGAGUCAACACUGAUCACCUGCACCGCUCCACCUUGGGGAUUUACACAAGCUUGACUGAGGAGUUCAACCCCAGUCUUCUGAAGCUGGUUUCACUGGGAAACAGCUACGUCCAAGCUUUCAAGGCUCUUGCUGCCACCAGUGAAGCGUACUUUAGCGCGCUGUCAAAGAUUGGACAAAAUGCUCUCAACACCAUGUCAUCCCGAUCACUGGGAGACGUUCUUAUUCAGAUCUCAGAGAACCAGCGGAGGCUGAACAUGGAGCUGGAAGGAAUGUUCUCCUGGUUCAAUUCGGAGGUUCUUCAGAAGAUGGAAACGAACGUUCGGCUGGAUAGAAAUUACCUAUCAGACAGCCGGGUGAAAUACGAGACGCUGGUCCAUAACCAGGAGAGGCAGCUGAGAAGAGGAGCCAGUCAGGACUUCAGUGAGUUCGAGCGCUUCCUCAGGGAGAGCCACGGCGAGGCUCUGAAGGAAGAGGAGCGGCGAUUCCGCUUCCUGGCAGAGAAGCACAGCAGCCUGAUGCAGUCCGCGGCCCAGCUUAUGAACCGGACUGGAGGAAACCUCCAGCACCGAGCUGAAGCUUGGACAGAGGACAUCAGCGUCACCAGACAGCCGGAGAUCAGGAGGCCCGCCUCAGUGGGGAGAACGGACGGAAUGAAAAUGAAGGAGGACAACUUUAUAAAGGGCCGAGAUGAGGAGCCGCUUGGCAACAUCCCAUCAAGAGCUCCGUCUCCACAGGGAAGCGUUUCUCGCCUCCGACUGGACUCCACAGGAGGCGCCGCUGGUGAAAGAACCAUGAGGGCUAAGGUGGCGUACCGCCCCACUGAUGUUAACCCCAGUAUGCUGACCUUCAGCAAGGGAGAGCGAGUCAUCGUGAUGAGCCAGCAGCCCAAAAACGGCUGGCUGUACGGACGGAACGACAACGGGUCACGUAAGGGAUGGUUUCCAGCUGCCUUUGUGGAACCAGCGAUUCCUCCUGAAAGUCCCAUGAGCUCUCGUAACUCCACCAUACGAGGAAGCAACAUCAGCUUAAACAGUUUGCCACCAGCCAGCAACCAGGGUGGAGCAGCCCCUCCACCUCCACCGCCACCACCACCACCUCAGUCUUUACCUGCAAGUCCGUCGCCACAGAGUCAGCCAAGCACCGUCAAGAGAGCACCCGAGUCUCAACCAGAAAACAAGCAGAGACCACAAGUUCAGGAUUCUCGACCCGAGCUCUUCCCAAGGGGUACCAACCCGUUUGCAACGGUGAAGCUGAAACCCACGUCCACCAACGACAGAUCAGCUCCACGCCUCUAUCGCCGGUGACGAGUCAACCGCUCCGCAUUCAGCUUUUACUCUCCUUUAAAAAAUGGAUCAGGACUUUGUAAAGAGUUUUAAAUAAUCCUUCACAAGAUGGCCACUAUGAGACCUUUAGAACAAUAGUUUUAGAAAAAUACAAGCUUUCUUAGUGAUUUCUAAAUGACCCCCUCUGAUGAAAGUGAUGUUUCUGACAUGUUCUUGUGGCAUUUUUCUGAUUUUGGAGGACAUAUUUGAAGAAAAUUAAGCUUUAACUUGAGUAUUUCUUUAUUUAAAUCAAUGUGAACUCCACCCACUGCUGAAAUUCAUUACUGGAGUUGCAGAUCAUGAAGUGAGACUUAAAUGGUUUGACCAAUCACGAAAUUCAACUGUAAUACCUAGUUUCAACCAGUAGGGGGCAGCAGUUUUUGACUAUAUUUUCCUGUUUAUUUUAAUUUAUCAAAAAUGUGGCAAUGACCAAUCAACAGCCAAAAAAAGGUGAUUUAGCGUUUGGUUACCUUUUAAGAAAAAGAAUCAUGUUUGUACUGUAGAAAACUAAAUGGGCGGGGCAUAAGCUUCCUGCUCCGCCCCAUUCUGAUGCAUUCAUGCCUUGUCGGUUCCAAAAUUGUUCGUUGCACCGGUAAUGUUAGGUUGGGGGUGUGACUGGCUGUAAGCUAGCGGGAAAGAGCGUCAAUAGAUGGGUGAUGGGAAAAGGGGCGGGGUUGCUUGCUAAUGAACUCUGUAGAAAGUAUGUCCUAAAAAAAUGUUUUCAGCUAAAAGCAGCAUAAUUAUAAUUAAAAAAACAGUAGAAAUGAUUUUGAAUUAGAUUAAAAGUUGAUUGGUGUGGGACUUUAACCCUUUAACACCUGGACACCUAAACACAAAAUCUUUAACAUACUGAAAUGUUUCAAUCGUGAACACUAUCAAUGUAAUUCCAGUAGAUUGUGAAGGA